AUGGGCUUACCCAGGGCGCCGAUAAAGACUCGCGCGAAGGCUUUGGAAUGGAUGCACACUGCCCCAAAAGAUAUUCGCUCUCCCAAGUUCCUAUGGGAAGAGUACUGGGGGCGAUUCAAUACAGUACAAAUACCCGUCCUCGACACGGAAUCGUACUUCAGGACGGCAAUCAAACUAGCCAAGCUUUCCAGCGAUAGAAAUGACUUUGAGAAACGUUUUCGGCGGAUCAUCAGGCGGCGGCAGGCCAAAGGAAGAAAAUGGUACCGCGGGCUCAAGCGACAUGCUUGGAAAGAAAACCAGUCCUUUGUCACCAACGCUACUCGCCACCUGGCAGUUGAUUUCUGCACAACCGGCAGCUUGAAGAGCAUGCUGCAGAUCUUGGAUGGAGUAGCAUUUGGUUUCGAAGCGGACGAGGUUCAUAUUGAGUGGUGGCCUAAUGGAUAUCUCUCGGACGACGAGAUAGGCUGUGGGACACAGCAUUUGGACGAGAAUGAUAUUGGGGAGAUUUAUAGGACGCCGUCUGAACCUUCUGAUCUAGAUGUGUCCGAAGCGCCAAGUGAAGCAGUGACGAAAGAAAUCCCCAAUUCUCAACAUGAAAACUCCCCUUCCUCUUCUACAACGACAGAAGAACAUCUACGCCAUUCGCCCCGACAAAGUCUGGAUGGCAAACGGCAGCAGCAUACAGAAAACGAAAACCGGCCAAAGAAGCGGGUGAGGUUCACCGACGCGGCUGAAGAAGGCAACGCGGCCGGCACAGAUGACGCAGUAGAGCCAGAUGACGAACCCGAUGAUUGCAAUUGGUUUCCCUCGAGCCAGCCAAUUCCAAGCACGCAACGUGCAGGAGAGUCACCAGCUAAGAAGCGGCGGAGACUCGAUGAUGCAGCUGAAGAAGGCAAUGCAGCUGGCACAGGUAACGCAACACGGCCAGAUGACGACUUGUUCCCGCCGCGUCUGCGUUGGAGGAGGUAUACGGCGGCGAAGGGGUGGAAGCUCAACAGGCCUGAAUCUAUACAGCCGGAUUUUAUCACCUACGGCAGUUCGUCGGAAGAUACAUCAACGGAUGAGGAAGAGGAGAAUCUGAGCAUAGCAUCUGAGCAAGCUGUGGCUGAGAAGGUGCCUAGGAAGAGAUCCAAACCCGACGACGAGGAUGAUGAUGAUGGCGAUGAGGAACGCCGACAAAAGCGCCGAAGAACAGAGACUCCAGAAUCUGCUCCGACGCCCCACGUCUCCCCUCCUGCACAGCAGGCACCAGAUGAGAGCAUGGCAACGACGGAGGCCAAAGUCGACGACGAAGCAAAGGGCAGGCAGCACAAACGCCCAAGACGGACGUCUUCUUCUCCAGCUUCUCCACGAGCAAGGCCCCUCCGCCCUGCUAGCGGUUUGAAUACGAGAUCCACGAGGAGGGCCAACCAACCCAAGCUCUGGGAGCUGGACGAUACAAGCAAACCUCGCUUGAUUCGGUAA